AUGGAAUUAGCCUACUGGGAAUGCAGUCAAGCUGCCACAUCGACAGACGCCCUCUUCAUCAUCAGCGUCACCGUGAGUUUUGCAGGUCUGACCCUAAAUCUCUGUCUGUUGAUACUUUUAUGCUUUUUAAGUGGCAGAACAAGGACCUACCUGGUUCAUUUGCGGUCUCUGACAGUUGCCAUGGUCGUCUGUAGUUUCAUCGCUUUCCUCAAUCACGUCGUCCCCUACCAAUUUAUGCCAAAGGAUCCUAUCUUUGGUCGAAUUGUGUGCCACCUCUGGUCCAGUCGUUAUCUUUUUGACGCAAUUUACAUCUUUGGGGCCCUGAUUCUGAACUUCAUUGUGGGCAGCAGGGCAAUUCAGAUUACCUACGGAUAUCAGUACUCCUUCUCUCCUUCUCUGUUCACCGAUUUCACUUACGUGGGGAUUAUAGGCCUAAGUAGCGCCAUGAGUAUCCUGUGUCAGGCAUUUGCGGUGGAAUGGAAUGGUUUUCAUUGUACCUGCCGUGAAACGAACAUUCCUUACUGGCUCCUCGUGUCCUCCUACAUGGGCACGUUUGUUCGCUUCGGUCUGGCCGUAGUCAUCAGCCCCAUUAUCUUAGGCAUCUCCUGCUACAAGAUUGUCCAGUGGGUACGACAGACACCAGCAGGGGAACUUUUGGACACCUGGAACGGUCUGGUUCUUCCUGGGACUUCAGCGGAGCAGACGGUGGAACUACUUCGACCGCGUGGUUGGAUGACAGCAUCCAUGUGCACUGUACCCCUAUCAAUUAACUUUCUAGCCUUUAGUCUCUACAACACGACGUACCAGUUUAGCUGUGCAAUAGGGUUGUGCACGUUGGUAAUCAAUAGUGUGUCGGAUAGGGUUGGCACUCUGCUUCUUUACCAUCAAAUACUCCUCUCCCCAGUCAUCAUCGCCGUCUACAUUCCGGCGUUGCGAGGGCUAUGCAUGCGAGUCUGGAUGAGACUCAUCUCCAAGCUAACUGAGGAUGUAUCAAAAAUGACUCAAACUGAGAUAAGGGAUCAACACAUUCCCGAAGCAACGAGUGCUGAUAGAGGAUGCACUGUGCCAUGA